AUAACCAUCAUUAAUUAAUUAAGAUGGUAAUGUUUGCAAAAAUCGCAUACAGAACUUCAUUUCUUCUUACCACAUUCACAUUAAAGGUUACAGGCCGAUUGUUACAUUACAAUGGUUCUGAGUUGCUUUCAGAUAAAACUGAUCAUGAUCCAACUCCAGAGAAGAGAACAUCUUUAUUGCAUCUCAAUGGAGUUGAUUCUCAUGAAGAGCGUUGUGAGCAAAUGUACGGUUUUUUGCCAUGUUCAGAAACUCUGCUAGGUCAUCUUUUCCUUAUUGUGGUUUAUGAGUACUUGUUAUAUCAUGGAGAAUCGUAUGUUGCUUCUGGGGGAAAACGGAUUUUCAAGAUUCUUGGUCCUGGUAUCUUUGGUGCAAGUGCUUUCCAUGUCCUUGGCUUCCUUCCCGAAUCAUUGAUACUUCUAGAAAGUUCGCGAAAUGCAUGGGACACAUUUCAUGUAUCAGGACUUUGGAACAAUAAAGAUGAAGCUCAAAAGUAUGUCUUAACUGGAGUUGGCUUGCUAGCCGGAUCAACUAUUCUCCUCCUCACGUUACUGUGGGGAACUUGUGUCAUCAUUGGCAGUCGAAAAUUUUCCUCAGAAUCUGGUUCCAGUUCUUCGCUGACUCCUAACGCAAAUCGAUAUAAAAAGCUACUUUUGAUUCUGAAAGAUUCUGGUGUAACUACAGAUCAAGAGACAAGUUCAGCAGCCAGGAUUAUGGUUCUUUCAGUUCUUCCAUUUACGUUUCUCUUGAUCCCCGAACUAUUUGGUCUAAAGCCAUCUCAGGGAUACAUCGUGAUCGCUCUUCCUGUUUCAAUCAUGUUCUUGCUCGUAUACUUUAUUUAUCAGGUGCUCGAGCCUUCGAUCCAAAAAAGAAGACUAUCGUACGUGAAACACGAGAAUUUAGUUGUAGACAUAUUAAAACAUCUUCAGGAACACACCGCAGAAAAAUUACUUACUGUAGAUGGUUCAGCGAACUUACCUGCGAUAAAAAGUUUCUUUACGAAGAUUGACCAAGAUGGUGAUAGCUACAUAUCGUUUUCAGAACUCAAAGAACUUCUCCAGGAUAUUAAGUUCAGGCAAUUAACAUGGAACAAGGAGACAAGAAUGGAAGAAAUCAUGAAAGAAUUCGAUAAAGAUUCCGAUAGUAAAGUAUCCAUGGAAGAAUUUGUCGAUAGAUUUACCAAAUGGCUCGAUGAGACAAAGGGCGCAGUGGAUGAUCGGCCUUAUCGCUCAAUUAGGUCGUGGAAGGACUUAUAUCAAAUUGUUCAACCAUGGGUUCAGACUAAGCAGAAAGAACAAGAAUCGAUGAAGAUCCUGGUAUCUGAGAUUAUUCGACAUGUACAAAGCAUCCCAUUAGGAAACUUCUACAACGAAGAUGGAACACCAAAUAUAUACGCAAUAAAAGGGUUGUUUAAAAGCAUGGAUGUUGAUAAAGAUAAUUGUGUAUCGCACUCCGAAUUGAAGAGAUUAAUCAUGGAAGUUCAUUCGGCAAAGAUGCCAUGGAAUGUCGAUGAAGCAACCGAUCACAUAAUGCAAGAUUUUGACAAAAGAAGAGAUCAAGGAAUAGGUGAAAAAGAGUUCAUAGAUAGAUUUAAACAAUGGCUCCAUACAUCUAAUGAACAAACCGAAGUUCCCAUGUUGUCUGAGGCUCAAAGCGAUCUAUCCCUGAAACCAUGGGAACGAUGGAUGGAUGAUGGUGUAGAUAGAUCGAUUUGGGCGUGGAUAAAGGCCACAACUUUAUUGUUUCUUGGGAUUGCCAUGUUAGCACUUUUGGCUGAACCUUUGAUACAUAGUGUUCAGAACGUCUCCUCUUCUGCAAACAUACCGUCGUUCUUUGUCUCUUUUAUCUUUGUUCCACUGGCCACAAAUGCUAGAGCAGCAAUUUCGGCGAUCAAAACUGCAAGCCAAAGGAAUGAACGGACCACGUCCUUGACUUUCUCGGAGGUAUACGUCACAUCUCAUUCAAUUCUUUCACUUCGAUUAUAUGUGAAGUCCUAG